GCGGCGGCCGCACCCCGCCCUGGGAAGCCAGCGGCCAGGUGUGGCUUCGGCGCCGGUGCCAGCGGGGAGGAGACUCGCGCCCCCACCAACCAACACCAACACCCAGCCGCGACCCAGCUCCUCUGCGCCCGCGCCGCCCUCCGAGCCACAGCUCUCCGGCCCGCUCCGCUCCCGCCCCGUCGCCGUCCCCGCCGCGCCCUCCGCCCGCCGCGCCGCGCUCGCAGCGGCCGGGCCGGCCCUUCCGAGCCGCCCCCGCCCCCUGUCCCGUGCUUGGCCUCGGCUCCCGAGGCCCCUGCCUCCUCCGAGCCGGCCGCCCCGCGUUUGCCGCGCCGCUGAGCGGCUCUGAGCGCGCGCCGACAUGAGUGUCAACGGAGGCUCCCACCCGCGGAUCAACACGCUGGGCCGCAUGACCCGCGCCGAGUCCGGCCCCGACGUGCGCUACGAGGCGGCCUACUGUGGCGGUGGCGGCGGGGGCACCAGCAGGAUGUACUACUCCCGACGCUACACGGUCACCGACCAGAACUCGGACGGCUACGGUCAAACCGGUACGAUGUCCAGACACCAGAACCAGAACACCAUCCAGGACCUCCUGCAGAACUGCGCCGACUGUUUGAUGCGGGCGGAGCUCAUUGUGCAGCCGGAGCUGAAAUACGGAGAUGGAAUACAGCUGGCUCGGAGCAGAGAGCUGGAUGAGUGUUUUGCCCAGGCUAACGAGCAGAUGGAAAUCACGGAUAGCUUGAUCCGAGAGAUGCGGCAGAUGGGCCAGCCUUGUGAUGCUUAUCAGAAAAGAUUGCUUCAGCUCCAGGAGCAAAUGCGAGCCCUUUAUAAAGCCAUCAGUGUCCCUCGAGUCCGGAGGGCCAGCUCCAAGGGUGGUGGAGGGUACACCUGUCAGAGUGGCUCCGGGUGGGACGAGUUCACCAAGCGCCUCACCAGCGAGUGUCUGGGGUGGAUGAGGCAGCAGAGGGCGGAGAUGGACAUGGUGGCCUGGGGCGUGGACCUGGCCUCAGUGGAACAGCAUAUCAACAGCCACAGGAGCAUCCACAAUGCCAUUGGAGACUAUCGCUGGCAGCUGGACAAAAUCAAAGCCGACCUGCGUGAGAAAUCAGCCAUCUACCAGUUGGAGGAGGAGUAUGAAAACCUGCUGAAAGCGUCCUUUGAGAGGAUGGAUCACCUGCGACAGCUGCAGAACAUCAUCCAGGCCACGUCCCGAGAGAUCAUGUGGAUCAACGACUGCGAGGAGGAGGAGCUGCUGUAUGACUGGAGCGACAGGAACACCAACAUCGCUCAGAAACAGGAGGCCUUCUCCAUACGCAUGAGUCAACUGGAAGUUAAGGAAAAAGAGCUCAAUAAGCUUAAACAAGAAAGCGACCAACUUGUCCUCAAUCAGCAUCCAGCUUCAGACAAAAUUGAGGCGUAUAUGGAUACUCUCCAGACACAGUGGAGCUGGAUUCUUCAGAUCACCAAGUGCAUUGAUGUUCAUCUCAAAGAAAAUGCUGCCUACUUUCAGUUUUUUGAAGAGGCUCAGUCGACGGAAGCCUACCUGAAGGGCCUUCAAGACGCCAUCAGGAAGAAGUACCCUUGUGACAAGAACAUGCCUCUGCAGCGCCUGCUGGACCAGAUCAAGGAGCUGGAGAAAGAACGGGAGAAAAUCCUUGAAUACAAGCGUCAGGUACAGAACUUGGUAAACAAGUCCAAGAAGAUUGUGCAGCUGAAACCGCGUAACCCGGACUACAGAAGCAAUAAGCCCAUCAUUCUCAGGGCUCUCUGUGACUACAAACAAGACCAGAAAAUCGUGCACAAAGGGGACGAGUGCAUCCUGAAGGACAACAAUGAGCGCAGCAAGUGGUAUGUGACGGGCCCAGGAGGCGUGGACAUGCUCGUUCCUUCUGUUGGUCUGAUUAUUCCUCCUCCGAAUCCUCUGGCCGUGGACCUGUCUUGCAAGAUCGAACAGUACUAUGAAGCCAUCUUGGCCCUGUGGAACCAACUCUACAUCAACAUGAAGAGCCUGGUGUCCUGGCACUACUGCAUGAUUGACAUCGAGAAAAUCAGGGCCAUGACUAUCGCCAAGCUGAAAACGAUGCGGCAGGAAGAUUACAUGAAGACAAUAUCUGACCUUGAGUUGCAUUACCAAGAGUUCAUCAGGAACAGCCAAGGCUCAGAGAUGUUUGGAGAUGAUGACAAGCGGAAGAUCCAGUCUCAGUUCACGGAUGCCCAGAAGCACUACCAGACGCUGGUCAUACAGCUCCCUGGCUACCCCCACCACCAGACAGUAACCAAAACUGAAAUCACUCAUGUUGGUCCCUGCCAAGACGUCAACCAUAAUAAAGUGAUUGAAACCAACAGAGAAAAUGACAAGCAGGAAACAUGGAUGCUGAUAGAGCUCCAGAAGAUUCGCAAGCAGAUGGAGCACUGUGAAGCCAGAAUGACUCUGAAAAACAUCCUUCUGGCAGACCAAGGGUCUUCUCACCAUAUCACGGUGAAAAUAAAUGAACUAAAGAGUGUGCAGAAUGAUUCUCAAGCAAUUGCUGAAGUUCUCAACCAGCUUAAAGAUAUGCUAGCUAACUUCAGAGGUUCGGAAAAAUAUUGCUAUUUACAGAACGAAGUAUUUGGACUGUUUCAGAAACUGGAAAAUAUCAAUGGCGUUACAGAUGGCUACUUAAAUAGCUUGUGCGCAGUGAGAGCACUACUCCAGGCAAUCCUUCAAACAGAAGACAUGUUAAAGGUUUAUGAAGCCAGACUCACCGAAGAGGAAACUGUUUGCCUGGAUCUGGAUAAAGUGGAAGCGUACCGAUGUGGACUGAAGAAAAUUAAAAAUGACUUGAACUUGAAGAAGUCACUCUUGGCCACCAUGAAGACAGAGCUGCAGAAAGCCCAGCAGAUCCACUCCCAGACUUCACAGCAGUAUCCACUUUAUGACCUGGAUCUGGGCAAGUUCAGUGAGAAAGUCACACAGUUGACAGAUCGCUGGCAGAGAAUAGAUAAACAGAUAGACUACAGAUUAUGGGACCUGGAGAAACAAAUCAAGCAACUGAGGAAUUAUCGUGAUAACUAUCAGGCUUUCUGCAAGUGGCUCUAUGAUGCCAAACGCCGCCAGGAUUCCUUAGAAUCUAUGAAGUUUGGAGAUUCCAACACGGUCAUGCGAUUUUUGAAUGAGCAGAAGAACUUGCACAAUGAAAUAUGUGGCAAACGAGACAAAUCAGAAGAAGUACAAAAGAUUGCCGAACUUUGUGCAAAUGCCAUCAAGGAUUAUGAACUCCAGCUGGCGUCAUACACCUCAGGACUGGAAACUCUACUGAACAUACCUAUCAAGAGAACCAUGGUUCAGUCUCCUUCUGGGGUGAUUCUGCAAGAGGCUGCAGACAUACAUGGUCGGUACAUAGAGCUACUUACAAGGUCUGGAGACUAUUACAGAUUCUUAAGUGAGAUGCUGAAGAGUUUGGAAGAUCUGAAGCUGAAAAAUACCAAGAUCGAGGUUUUGGAAGAGGAGCUCAGACUGGCCCGAGAUGCCAACUCUGAAAACUGCAAUAAGAACAAAUUCCUGGAUCAGAACCUGCAGAAAUACCAGGCGGAGUGUUCCCAGUUCAAAGCAAAGCUUGUGAGCCUGGAGGAGCUGAAGAGACAAGCUGAGCUGGAUGGAAAGUCAGCUAAGCAGAACCUAGACAAGUGCUAUGGCCAAAUAAAAGAGCUCAAUGAGAAGAUCACCCGACUGACUUAUGAGAUCGAAGAUGAAAAGAGAAGAAGAAAGACUGUGGAAGACAGAUUUGACCAACAGAAGAAUGACUAUGACCAAUUGCAGAAAGCAAGGCAAAGUGAGAAGGAGAGCCUUGGUUGGCAAAAGAUAGAGUCUGAGAAAGCCAUCAAGGAGAAGGAGUACGAGAUAGAAAGGUUGAGGGUUCUUCUGCAGGAGGAGGGCGCCCGGAAGAGAGAAUAUGAGAGUGAGCUGGCAAAGGUAAGAAACCACUAUAAUGAGGAGAUGAGUAAUUUAAGGAACAAGUAUGAAACAGAGAUUAACAUUACGAAGACCACCAUCAAGGAGAUAUCCCUGCAAAAAGAGGAUGAUUCCAAAAAUCUUAGAAACCAGCUUGAUAGACUCUCAAGGGAAAAUCGAGAUCUGAAGGAUGAAAUCGUCAGGCUAAAUGACAGCAUAUUGCAGACCACUGAGCAGCGAAGGCGGGCUGAAGAAGAUGCCUUGCAGCAAAAAGCCAGUGGCUCUGAGAUGAUGCAAAAGAAGCAGCAUCUGGAGAUAGAGCUUAAGCAAGUCAUCCAGCUGCGCUCCGAGGACAAUGCAAGACACAAGCAGUCCCUGGAGGAGGCUGCAAAGACCAUUCAGGACAAAAAUAAGGAGAUUGAAAGACUCAAAGCUGAGUUUCAGGAGGAGGCCAAGCGCCGCUGGGAAUAUGAAAAUGAACUGGCUAAGGUAAGAAACAAUUACGAUGAGGAAAUCAUUAGCUUAAAAAACCAGUUCGAGACGGAGAUCAACAUCACCAAGACAACCAUCCACCAGCUCACGAUGCAGAAGGAAGAGGACACCAGUGGCUACCGAGCCCAGAUAGACAACCUCACCAGAGAAAACAGGAGCCUAUCUGAAGAAAUAAAGAGGCUGAAGAACACUUUAGCCCAGACUACAGAGAAUCUCAGGAGGGUCGAAGAAAACAUCCAAAAGCAAAAGGCCACUGGCUCGGAGAUGUCUCAGAGAAAACAGCAGCUGGAGAUUGAGCUGAGACAGGUUACACAGAUGCGAACAGAAGAGAGCACGAGAUAUAAGCAGUCUCUUGAUGAUGCUGCCAAGACGAUCCAGGAUAAAAACAAGGAGAUAGAAAGGUUAAAACAACUGAUAGAAACAGAAACCAAAGAACGGAAAUGCCUGGAAGAUGAAAAUGCUAAAUUACAAAGGGCCCAGUAUGAUUUGCAGAAGGCAAAUAAUAGUGCAACAGAGACGAUAAGUAAAUUGAAGGUUCAGGAGCAAGAACUAAUGCGCCUGAGAAUCGACUAUGAAAGGAUUUCCCAGGAGAGGACUGUGAAGGACCAGGAUAUCACCAGAUUCCAGAGUUCUCUGAAAGAGUUGCAGUUGCAGAAGCAGAAAGCAGAUGAGGAGCUGAAUCGGCUGAAGAAGACGGCCUCAGAAGACUCCUCCAAGAGGAAGAAGCUGGAGGAGGAGCUGGAAGGCUUGAGGAGGUCUUUGAAGGAGCAAGCAAUAAAAAUCACCAGCCUGACCCAGCAGCUGGAGCAGGCGUCCAUUGUUAAGAAAAAGAGCGAGGACGACCUCCGGCAGCAGAGGGACGUGUUGGAUGGCCACCUGAGGGAGAAGCAGAGGACCCAGGAGGAGCUGAGGAGGCUCUCCUUGGAGGUCGAGGCCCUGAGGCGGCAGCUGCUGCAGGAACAAGAAAAUGUCAAACAGGCUCACUUGAGGAAUGAGCAUUUCCAGAAGGCGAUAGAAGAUAAAAGCCGAAGCUUAAAUGAAAGCAAAAUAGAAAUCGAGAGGCUGCAGUCUCUCACAGAGAGCCUGACCAAGGAGCACUUGAUGUUGGAGGAAGAGCUCCGGAACCUGAGGCUGGAGUACGAUGACCUCCGAAGGGGCCGAAGCGAGGCGGAUAACGAUAAAAUGGCAACUAUUUCGGAACUAAGGAGCCAACUGCAGAUCAGCAACAACCGGACCCUGGAGCUGCAGGGGCUGAUUAAUGAUUUACAGAGAGAGAGGGAAAAUUUGAGACAGGAAAUUGAGAAAUUCCAAAAGCAGGCUUUAGAGGCGUCUAAUCGGAUUCAGGAAUCAAAGAAUCAGUGCACUCAGGUGGUGCAGGAAAGAGAGACCCUUCUGAUGAAAAUUAAAGUUCUGGAGCAAGACAAGACCAGGCUGCAGAGGCUGGAGGAUGAGCUGAAUCGCGCUAAGACGACUCUCGAAGCAGAAAGUAGGGUGAAACAGCGCCUCGAGAGUGAGAAACAGCAAAUCCAGAAUGACCUGAAUCAGUGGAAAACUCAAUAUUCCCGCAAGGAAGAAGCUAUCAGGAAGAUAGAGUCAGAAAGAGAAAAGAGCGAGCGAGAAAAGAACAGCCUGAGGAGUGAGAUCGAAAGACUCCAAGCAGAGAUCAAGAGGAUUGAAGAGAGGUACAGGCGGAAGCUGGAGGACUCCACCCGGGAGACACAGUCACAGCUGGAAACAGAACGUUCUCGACUUCAGAGGGAAAUCGACAAACUGAAACAGCGCCCAUAUGGGUCCCAUCGGGAGACCCAGACUGAGUACGAAUGGACUGUGGACUCCUCAAAGCUGGUGUUUGAUGGACUGAGGAAGAAGGUGACGGCGAUGCAGCUCUAUGAGUGCCAGCUGAUUGACAAAACAACGCUGGACAAACUGUUGAAGGGGAAGAAGUCAGUGGAAGAAGUUGCUUCUGAAAUCCAGCCUUUCCUUCGGGGUGCAGGAGCUAUCGCAGGAGCUUCUGCUUCCCCUAAGGAAAAGUACUCUUUGGUAGAGGCGAAGAGGAAGAAAUUAAUCACCCCAGAAUCCACAGUCAUGCUUCUGGAGGCCCAGGCAGCUACAGGCGGUGUAAUUGAUCCCCAUAGGAAUGAGAAGCUGACUGUUGACAGUGCAAUAGCUCGGGACCUCAUCGACUUCGAUGACCGUCAACAGAUAUAUACCGCAGAAAAAGCCAUCACUGGUUUUGAUGAUCCAUUUUCAGGCAAGACAGUAUCUGUUUCGGAAGCCAUCAAGAAAAAUUUGAUUGAUAGGGAAACUGGAAUGCGCCUGCUAGAAGCCCAGAUUGCUUCAGGGGGUGUAGUGGACCCCGUGAACAGUGUCUUUUUGCCAAAAGAUGUAGCCUUGGCACGUGGGCUGAUUGACAGAGAUUUGUAUCGGUCCCUGAACGAUCCCCGAGAUAGUCAGAAAAACUUUGUGGAUCCAGUCACAAAAAAGAAGGUCAGUUACAUGCAGCUGAGGGAUCGGUGCAGAAUUGAACCACACACUGGUCUGCUCUUGCUGUCGGUACAGAAGAGAAGUAUGUCCUUCCAAGGAAUCAGACAACUUGUGACCAUCUCUGAGCUAGUAGCUUCUGGUAUAUUGAGACCAUCCACUGUAAAUGAACUGGAAUCAGGUCAGAUUUCUUAUGAUGAGGUUGGUGAGAGAAUUAAGGACUUCCUUCAGGGUUCAAGCUGCAUAGCAGGCAUAUACAAUGAGACCACCAAACAGAAGCUUGGCAUUUAUGAGGCCAUGAAAAUUGGCUUGGUCCGACCUGGUACUGCUCUGGAGUUGCUAGAAGCCCAAGCAGCUACUGGCUUUAUAGUGGAUCCUGUUAGCAACUUGAGGUUACCUGUGGAGGAAGCCUACAAAAGAGGUCUGGUGGGUAUUGAGUUCAAAGAGAAGCUCCUGUCUGCAGAACGAGCUGUCACCGGGUAUAAUGAUCCUGAAACAGGAAACAUCAUUUCUUUGUUCCAAGCCAUGAACAAGGAACUCAUUGAAAAGGGCCAUGGCAUUCGCCUGUUGGAAGCACAGAUUGCGACCGGUGGAAUCAUCGACCCGAAGGAGAGCCAUCGUUUACCAGUUGACAUAGCGUACAAGAGGGGCUACUUUAAUGAGGAGCUCAAUGAGAUUCUGUCAGAUCCAAGUGAUGAUACAAAAGGAUUUUUUGACCCAAACACUGAAGAAAAUCUUACUUAUCUGCAACUAAAAGAAAGAUGCAUUAAGGAUGAGGAAACGGGGCUCUAUCUUCUGCCCCUGAAAGAAAAGAAGAAGCAAGUGCAGACAUCACAAAAAAAUACCCUCAGGAAGCGUAGAGUGGUCAUUGUUGACCCAGAAACCAACAAGGAGAUGUCUGUUCAGGAGGCCUACAAGAAGGGCCUUAUAGAUUAUGAAACCUUCAGAGAACUGUGUGAGCAGGAGUGUGAGUGGGAAGAAAUAACCAUCACUGGAUCCGACGGCUCCACCAGGGUGGUCCUGGUCGAUAGGAAGACAGGCAGUCAGUAUGAUAUUCAAGAUGCUAUUGACAAGGGCCUCGUUGACAGGAAGUUCUUUGACCAGUACCGAUCCGGCAGCCUCAGCCUCACUCAGUUUGCUGAUAUGAUCUCCUUGAAAAAUGGUGUUGGCAACAGCAGUGGCAUAGGUGGUAGUGUUAGCGAUGAUGUUUUCAGCAGCUCCCGACACGAGUCAGUAAGUAAGAUUUCUACCAUCUCCAGCAUCAGGAAUUUGACCAUCAGGAGCAGCUCUCUGUCUGACCCCCUGGAAGAAUCGAGCCCUAUUGCAGCCAUCUUUGACACAGAAAACCUGGAGAAAAUCUCAAUUGCAGAAGGUAUAGAGAGGGGCAUUGUGGAUAGCAUCACUGGUCAGAGGCUUCUGGAGGCUCAGGCCUGCACAGGUGGCAUCAUCCACCCGACCACUGGGCAGAAGCUGUCGCUUCAGGAUGCGGUCUCCCAGGGCCUGAUUGACCAAGAUAUGGCCACCAGGCUGAAGCCUGCUCAGAAAGCCUUCAUUGGCUUUGAAGGUGUGAAGGGAAAGAAGAAGAUGUCAGCAGCAGAAGCAGUGAAAGAAAAAUGGCUCCCCUAUGAGGCAGGUCAGCGCUUCCUGGAGUUCCAGUACCUCACUGGAGGCCUUGUUGACCCGGAAGUGCAUGGGAGGAUAAGCACAGAAGAAGCCAUCAGAAAGGGGUUCAUCGAUGGCCGAGCAGCUCAGAGGCUGCAAGACACCAGCAGCUAUGCCAAAAUCCUGACCUGCCCCAAAACCAAAUUGAAAAUAUCCUACAAGGAUGCCAUAAAUCGCUCCAUGGUGGAAGACAUCACUGGCCUCCGCCUUCUGGAGGCCGCCUCUGUUUCAUCCAAGGGCUUGCCUAGCCCUUAUAACGUGUCUUCUGCCCCAGGCUCCCGCUCCGGCUCCCGCUCUGGAUCUCGCUCCGGCUCUCGCUCUGGUUCCCGAAGUGGGUCCCGGAGAGGAAGCUUUGAUGCAACAGGGAAUUCUUCCUACUCUUAUUCCUACUCCUUUAGCAGUAGCUCUAUUGGGCACUAGUAGUCAGUUGGUAAUGGUUGCUAUACCUCGGUUUCAUUUAUAUGAAUUUUCACUUUAUUAAAUAAUAAAAAGAGAAAACCUAGUGCUUGCAAUAUAGUGAUAGAAGUUUCUCUGCUUAAGAAAGCAUAGUCAUGGUUGAAAUCAAAUAGUAGGCGCUGUUCUGGCUUUUUAUCUUCUUAGCUCACCAUAGUAAUACACUGGAUGUAGUGUGUAUGAAGUGAUAAUCAGUUGUAAGGAUAGCACAAAUUGAAUUUAGAAUUUGUUUCUUCUCUUCUGUGUUUAGGUUUUAGAUUCUUGAACAUCUUUUGGCAUAUAAUACAUAUUCAUAUUCUUUGGAGAUAAAAAUUAAAUUGAUCAUUGGUGUUUUAAUCAUCAUUUCUGUUUCUCAUCUAAAUAUUUCCAUUUUCUGUAUUAGGAUAAAAUUACCCACCCCAAACCCAAGCAUUUUGGAAUGAGUCUCCUUUAGUUUUAGAUUGUGGAUUGUAUAACCCAUAUACUCCUAAAUGUGCCUAUUUGGUUUGGUAUUAAUUUGACUGUAUUUGCAUAAUAGUAGCAAUCUUUGCUUUUCUUUGGUCAAAGUUUUCUGUGUAUUUUGCUUGUCAUUUUCUGUGUACUUGAAAAAGGUGUCUUUAUGAAGUUUGGCAAUAAACUUUUAGAGUUUUGAA